AGCAGCGUUGGCACCGGCGAACCAUGGCUGGGAUUUUCUAUUUCGUCCUCUUUUCGUUUCUCUUUGGGAUUUGCGACGCUGUCACCGGUUCCAGGGUGUACCCCGCGAAUGAAGUUACCUUAUUGGAUUCCAGAUCCGUUCAGGGGGAACUUGGAUGGAUAGCAAGCCCUCUGGAAGGAGGGUGGGAGGAAGUGAGUAUUAUGGAUGAAAAAAAUACGCCCAUCCGAACCUACCAAGUGUGCAAUGUGAUGGAACCCAGCCAGAAUAACUGGCUCCGAACUGAUUGGAUCACCCGAGAAGGGGCUCAGAGGGUGUACAUUGAGAUCAAGUUCACCCUGAGGGACUGCAAUAGUCUUCCAGGCGUCAUGGGGACUUGCAAGGAGACAUUUAACCUAUACUACUACGAAUCAGACAACGACAAAGAGCGUUUUAUUCGAGAGAGCCAGUUUGCCAAGAUUGACACCAUUGCCGCUGACGAGAGCUUCACCCAAGUAGACAUUGGUGACCGAAUCAUGAAGUUGAACACCGAGAUCCGAGAUGUAGGGCCAUUGAGCAAAAAGGGAUUUUAUCUGGCUUUCCAGGAUGUGGGUGCCUGCAUUGCCCUGGUGUCGGUCCGUGUGUUCUAUAAGAAGUGUCCGCUCACAGUUCGCAAUCUGGCCCAGUUUCCAGACACCAUCACAGGGGCUGACACAUCUUCUCUGGUGGAAGUCCGAGGCUCCUGCGUCAACAACUCAGAAGAGAAGGAUGUGCCAAAAAUGUAUUGUGGGGCAGAUGGUGAGUGGCUGGUACCCAUUGGCAACUGCCUGUGCAAUGCUGGGCAUGAAGAGCGGAAUGGAGAAUGCCAAGCCUGCAAAAUUGGAUAUUACAAAGCCCUCUCCACAGAUGCCACCUGUGCCAAGUGCCCACCCCACAGCUACUCCGUCUGGGAAGGAGCCACGUCGUGCACCUGUGACCGAGGCUUUUUCAGAGCUGACAACGAUGCUGCCUCAAUGCCCUGCACCCGCCCCCCGUCUGCUCCCCUAAACUUGAUUUCAAAUGUCAAUGAGACUUCGGUGAACUUGGAAUGGAGCAGUCCUCAGAACACAGGAGGUCGCCAGGACAUCUCCUACAAUGUGGUGUGCAAGAAAUGUGGAGCUGGUGAUUCCAGCAAGUGCCGGCCCUGUGGAAGCGGGGUCCACUAUACCCCGCAGCAGAAUGGCCUGAAGACCACCAAAGUCUCCAUCACUGACCUCCUGGCUCAUACCAAUUACACAUUUGAAAUAUGGGCGGUGAAUGGAGUGUCCAAGUAUAACCCUAGCCCUGACCAGUCAGUGUCCGUCACCGUGACAACCAACCAAGCAGCACCAUCAUCCAUUGCUUUGGUCCAAGCUAAAGAAGUUACCAGAUACAGUGUUGCUCUGGCUUGGCUGGAACCAGAUCGGCCCAACGGGGUCAUCUUGGAGUAUGAAGUCAAGUAUUAUGAGAAGGAUCAGAAUGACCGAAGCUAUCGGAUUGUCCGGACAGCUGCUAGGAACACGGAUAUCAAAGGUCUGAAUCCUUUGACUUCCUAUGUUUUCCACGUUCGAGCCAGAACAGCAGCUGGCUAUGGAGACUUCAGUGAGCCCCUGGAGGUCACAACGAACACAGUGCCUUCCCGGAUCAUUGGAGAUGGGGCCAACUCCACAGUCCUCCUCGUCUCGGUCUCUGGCAGUGUGGUGCUGGUGGUCAUUCUCAUCGCAGCUUUUGUCAUCAGCAGGAGACGGAGUAAAUACAGUAAAGCCAAGCAAGAAGCAGAUGAAGAAAAACAUUUGAAUCAAGGUGUUAGAACUUAUGUGGAUCCCUUUACAUAUGAAGAUCCCAACCAAGCAGUUCGAGAAUUUGCCAAAGAAAUUGACGCAUCCUGCAUUAAGAUUGAAAAGGUCAUAGGAGUUGGUGAAUUUGGUGAAGUUUGCAGUGGGCGUCUCAAAGUGCCUGGCAAGCGAGAGAUCUGUGUGGCCAUUAAGACGCUGAAAGCUGGUUAUACAGACAAACAGAGGAGAGACUUCCUGAGUGAGGCCAGCAUCAUGGGACAGUUUGACCACCCGAAUAUAAUUCACUUGGAAGGCGUCGUCACCAAAUGUAAACCAGUGAUGAUCAUAACAGAGUACAUGGAGAAUGGCUCCUUGGAUGCAUUCCUCAGGAAGAAUGACGGCAGAUUUACAGUCAUUCAGCUGGUGGGCAUGCUUCGUGGCAUUGGGUCUGGGAUGAAAUAUUUAUCUGAUAUGAGCUAUGUGCAUCGAGAUCUGGCUGCACGGAACAUUCUGGUAAAUAGCAACUUGGUCUGCAAAGUGUCUGAUUUUGGCAUGUCCCGAGUGCUUGAGGAUGAUCCGGAAGCAGCUUACACCACAAGGGGUGGCAAGAUUCCUAUCCGGUGGACUGCACCAGAAGCAAUUGCCUAUCGUAAAUUCACAUCAGCAAGUGAUGUAUGGAGCUACGGAAUCGUCAUGUGGGAAGUGAUGUCGUAUGGAGAGAGACCCUAUUGGGAUAUGUCCAAUCAAGACGUGAUUAAAGCCAUUGAGGAAGGCUAUCGGCUCCCCCCUCCAAUGGACUGCCCCAUUGCACUCCACCAGCUGAUGCUAGACUGCUGGCAGAAGGAGAGGAGUGACAGGCCUAAAUUUGGGCAGAUUGUCAACAUGUUGGACAAACUCAUUCGCAACCCCAGUAGCUUGAAGAGGACGGGGACCGAAAGCUCCAGACCUAACACUGCCUUGUUGGAUCCAAGCUCCCCUGAAUUCUCAGCUGUGGUAUCAGUGGGUGAUUGGCUCCAGGCCAUUAAAAUGGACCGGUAUAAGGAUAAUUUCACGGCUGCUGGUUAUACCACACUAGAGGCUGUAGUGCACAUGAACCAGGAUGACCUGGCACGAAUCGGUAUCACAGCUGUCACACACCAGAAUAAGAUUUUGAGCAGCGUCCAGGCGAUGAGAACCCAAAUGCAGCAGAUACACGGCAGAAUGGUUCCUGUCUGAGCCAGUACUGAAUAAACUCAAAACUCUUGAAAUUAGUUUACCUCAUCCAUGCACUUUAAUUGAAGAACUGCACUUUUUUUACUUCGUCUUCGCCCUCUGAUAUUAAAAAAAAGAAAAAAUCUAUCUGCAGUGUUGCUUGGUGUACAGACUGCUGGAAACUGGGGCUUACAGAAAUGACCACCAUCAUUUGAAUUCGACCUGGAACAAAUUGUUUCUCGGAACCACUUCGUCCAUCACCAGUUUGUAAAAUACAUGGACCUGUACAAAUAGGACACCGCCUCUGAGUUUUAAUGCCGUGUUUGCUGCCAGACACUGAGCUUCUCUGAGACAUCUGAUCCUCUCUCCAUUGGGAAUUACAGCCGUAGUAUUUUGUUUGUGGCAUAAAUUACAGUCCCCCUUCUUUCACUGGAAUGAAGGCCAUGCCCAGGAACAUUUUUGAAGGACUCACUUGUAGCUUUUAAGGCUUGAUUCACAUGAAGGGGAGAAACCUAGGUGGAAACCACAUGGCUCAUCAGUGUUGCUCCUUCAAUGCUCAGGCCACUGGGUGGCUUGUGAUGACAUGAGGGGAUGAAAAGUAAAGGAAAGUGGAUUUAAAAAUAAAAAAUAAUAACAAUAAAACCCAAGCACCAUACAUAUACCCUAACUGGACAAACAAGGUCUGUUUCUUUGGGCCCGAGGCUGUGCCAUAUAAAGUCUUGUUUUGGGGACUCUACAAACUUACCGUAACUACCUUACGGAUAGUGGACUGGGACAAUCUUGAAUAGGGAACUUUGACACUUCCCUUCUUUAAAGAAGCAAACCCAAAUCUCCAAGGGAGUAGAUUCUGCUAUCUUGGCCUCACAGCCCUUCCUGUUGAUAACAAAGCCCAUAGAAGAAAACAGAACACACCCUCCUUGGUUCCUUCUACAUGUGUUUCUUCUGCUUCUACUGUGCCAGUUCUGGAGCAAAGACACAGAUGAAACAGACCCAACACCUGCAAAGAAUACGUGCAUGACUUUCAAAUCUCCUUUCCAGUGAAAGAAAUGGCAAACAUUCAAGCUUCGGCGUCUGUUCUCCGGUUGCACUGAGGAACAUACUGUCUCAUAGCACCAGCUCUGCAGAACCCCUGUUCCCAAACUCCUUGUGGUUUUAUUUAUAUGUAUUUCCAUAUCUCAUUGCUGUAUGUCACUGCUGCAUUGGUGUGGCAGCAAGUGACCAAAGGCUACAGGUUUUACUACGGACACCAGGUCAGGUGCCACCAUGCUAAACAAAGCCAGUUCCUAUGAGCUGCCUAUGAUAUGCAUUGCUGAAGUAACAUUUUACCCAGGGUGUGCCAUUGCAGUGAUAUAAAUAUAUUUUUUUCUUAGACUAAAUAUGAGCUGACUAUCUGUUUUGAUGUGUGUACAUAGGUGUGAGUGUGUGUGUAUGCGCAUGUGUGCGUGCGUGUGUAACCUCAUGCUUAGAACUGCCUGUGAGUGUUGUGGAAUGCUACACCUGGAGACUUCUGGUUUUCCACCAGUUCUGAGAUGAAGAGCCACACGAGAUAGUGGGCCUGGAGACCAUGUCCAUCCCCUUAGACAGACAACCCAGAAAUGUUAAAUGUCCUGUAUUUAUAUUGUAUUUUGUAGCUGCCACACUAACCUUAAUAAGUAAUGAUACAGCUUUGGGCAGAAGUGUUUUCACCUUAGCGGUGGAGUAAUCUUAGAAUAUAAACCCAUG